AUGGCGACGCCUGUGUCGCUCGACCGCGUACCACCUAGCACGGUGUCGUACGUAAUCGCAACCGCGAUUAUUGCAGGUGUCACGGGCUUCUUCAUCGGCCAAGGUGCCGCAAUCGGCCUAUUCUCAUCUUCCGCAGCCAAAGCAAGACAGGGCAACCAUCGACUAAAGAGCUCCGAUGCAAAAGCGCAGUCAGCCGAUGAGGACGAAGAGGACUGGGAGAGUGAGGAAGAAGACGAAGAAGAUGAUGCGGGAGAGCUGGCGACCUUUGAGGGGAACACGGACGAGGUGAAGCUCGUGCUCGUCGUGAGGACUGAUUUAGGGAUGAGCAAAGGUGAUUAUUGCUCCCCCUCUGUCUGUUGUCGCCGAGAUGCUAUUGCCGGCAGAGCAGGAGUUUUCUUUCUCGAUCUGCUUGUUUUUCAAUGGAGCUUGCUGACAUUUCCUCUCGCAAUGACCAUAGGCAAAAUCGCUGCGCAAUGCUCCCAUGCCACACUCGCCUGCUACAAAUACUACAUCUCCAAAGCACCCGACUCCCCGAUUUUGAAACGCUGGGAGCGCGGUGGUCAGGCCAAGGUCGCACUGCAAGUCAAGACGGAGGAGGAAAUGCUACUGCUACAGGCACAGGCUCUCAGCCUGGGUCUCUGUGCUCGCGUGAUCCAAGAUGCUGGACGGACACAGAUCGCAAGUGGCAGUAGGACAGUAUUAGGAAUUUUGGGGCCUAAAAGUGUAGUCGACAGCGUGACAGGCCAUCUGAAGCUACUAUGA